CACAGAAGGUACUUACAUUGCGCAGCGAACGGAUUGAGGUGCCGGCGUUGAUGGUCGCGAUCGACUGAUCGGGACCGAUCUGUUUUACGUUCGAUUUUACGUUUGUAAAUCGGCAAAUUGCGCGUGCGUGCGUGCGUGCGUGUGCGUGAGUGCGACCCGGCGGUAGAGAACAGACGUGUGUAAGAAAGGAGUCACCGUGGGACCGCGGCUGAAUGUUAGUAAACUUUCCAUCGCGCCUCGAGCAACGUGUGGAAAAAACGCAGCAAGGAGCACGAUCACUCGUCGUUUUACAAGUUCCUACAAAUGGAGCACAAUCACAAGAACACCGACUGCUACUUUUUCUAUUACUCCACGUGCAAGAAGGGAGAUUUUUGCCCCUUCAGACACGAGCCAUCAGCUCUAGGUUGUGAAACCAUGUGCACAUUCUGGCAGCAAGGCAGUUGCCUCAAUGAGCAUUGUAAUUUCAGACACAUGGAACUGAAGAAAAAUCGCAAGUCGAUUCCAUGCUACUGGGAAACGCAACCUGGAGGAUGUAGGAAGCCGCAUUGUCCAUUUCUGCAUAAGAACGCACGUACCAUCAAUAAUCCUAUCAACCCUGUUAAGACAGAAGUAACAACAAAGUCACCAAAUCAGGAGUGGCUGAGCCGUCAAGAUGACACAAAAUAUGACGGCAGUAGUACCGAAUCAGACCAAGGUAGAGGCAGCAGUGAAGCUGGCAGUUUCAUCGGGAGCCCGGCCGUCGAUCCUCUCAUCGUCAAAUUCGAAGAAGACUCCGACAACGAGACCGUAAUGUCGCCGAAGACGAAGCAGAAAGCGGCGCUGCGCUGCGACCGCGCCGAGCAGCAGCGUCUGGAGCAGAUUCAGGCGGAGAGCGCGGCUUAUUACGCUUACAAGCUCGACGAGUCGGACACGUCCGCGAGCACCACGACCACCGCCAAGCCUAACUGGCACGGUAGGAGACAUUUGUUGAGCAUCGUCAACGACAAGCAGCCGGAGAAAAAUAUGGACUUCAAGAUCCUCACCCUCGCGGAGAUUCGAGAGAGGAGGGAAAGAGAGAGGCUGGCUGCUGCAGCCGAUGUUUUGGCAUCGGACGACGCGUCCCAACCCAUGGAGGAUAUGGAACAGGUGCCGACGGGCUCCUCCAGUGACUCGAUGUUCGCGAUGCCGACCGAGCCAGCGACCGAGAAGUCGAGCGAAUCGGUGACUCAGAGGCUCGCAUCGGGGAAACGUAAACUCGGCGAGACCGAGUGCAAGCAGUCCACAGCUCCGGUGAAACUGCGAAGGUCCCUGGGAAGAAGCACGGAAGUCGAGCCACCUGUCGAAGCGGCGGGACGACCUCGCGACGAUCAGCUGAGCGAGGAGCAACUGAACAACGAACUGUUCAACAACAGGCAGCUGAACGAGGAGUGCCAGGUCGACGAGUACAUCAGGCUGGACGCGACGUCCGAGGAUAUAAUCAAGGACAUAGACGACUUCCUCGUGUAGAGAAUCGUACGAGAAUCGGGAGUUGUACAUAACUCGCGUUAUGUUGAUAUCGGAGGUGUAGCAUGAAUUAAAUAGAUUACAUAAAUUGUAGGAAGGGGGGUGUAGUAUGAUUGCACUACCGGCGGGUAGUUUCCGGGGUGUGGCCUCGCGGACGCGAUGUUACGAGAUUUUUGCGUAUUCUCACAUCGGAAAGGAAAGAAGAAAGGAGGAAAAAUCGAGAAACAAUGAGAAAGUUGCGAGGAGCGUAGAGGAGGAAGAGAAGGAAUUGGAGGAGUUUGUAUAGAACGUUCGUCUUCUGUGAUACUCUUUCGCUGGAGGCCGCUAUAUAUAAGCAUCGCAAUGUUGUCGCGGUAUUUCACGAAAUAUAUAUAUAUAUAUAUAUAUAUAUAUAAAUAAAUAUUUA